GUUCCCUUUGUGUGCGUUUUCACAUGCAAAAAUGAAGUUAUGAGAAAACUAUUUGGAAACAUAAGCUUAUGGCAUAAAAAGAGGAUACUGAAUUCACAAUAUCUACUUUUGCUUCCUUCUGCAAUGUCAUCGAUAACAGAAUUUUUUAAGGCAUACACCACUGCAAUAAGAGGGAUGGGCGAGGAGAUGCAAGCAAUAAGAUUUUUGAAUCUGGAAAGCAGGCAUUGGAGACAUCUGCCUGUGAGAUAAAAGUGUCUACAGAACUAUGGAUGACGCAAGGACUUUACUUGAUAUUAAAGAGUACCCUGAUACCGAGGUACAAAAAAACCGAGUACUAACUCUAGAAGAAUGGCAAGACAAGUGGGUGAGCCACAAAAUUGGCUUUCAUCAAGAGCAAGGACACAAGCUACUAAAGAAACAUCUGGACGCUUUUCUGAAAGGCGAGAGUGGACUGAGGGUGUUUUUUCCUCUUUGUGGAAAAGCAGUCGAGAUGAAAUGGUUUGCAGACCGAGGACACAGUGUAGUUGGUGUAGAAAUCAGUGAACUUGGGAUACGGGAAUUUUUCUCGGAGCAGAAUCUUUCUUACUCAGAAGAACCGAUCACUGAAGUUCCUGGAGCCAAAGUCUUUAAGAGUUCUGCGGGGAAUAUCUCAUUGUACUGUUGCAGCAUUUUUGAUCUUCCCAGAGUAAAUAUCGGAAAAUUUGACAGAAUUUGGGAUAGAGGAGCAUUAGUGGCUGUUAAUCCAAGUGAUCGAAAACGCUAUGUAGAUGUCAUGUUGUCCCUGCUGAGGAAGGGGUUCCAGUACCUCCUGGCUGUGCUUUCUUACGAUCCAACUAAACAUGCAGGCCCACCAUUUUAUGUUCCUGAUGCCGAAAUUAAAAUGUUGUUUGAUACAAAAUGCAAGAUUCAUUGUCUUGAGAAGGUUGAUGCAUUUGAAGAGCGACAUAAAAGUUGGGGAAUUGACUACAUUUUCGAAAAGCUAUAUCUACUAACUGAAAAGUAAAUCAGACAUAAAUAAAAUUGAGUAACUUCAAAAUAGUUUUUGAACAAUUGAAAACUAUGCCAGGACCCAAAAAUAUAAUGGAUGAAUUUCUAAAAAAAAUUCGUAAAAUCAUAUCACAACUUUUUGUUCAGAAAUGCACCUUUUUGGAAGAAAACAUAUACUAAGGUGUCAGAUUAGUGCUUCUGGAGAGGAGAGUAUGAUUGAGGGCAAGAGAUUAUACCUGUGUAUGUCUUACAGAUGGCAAGAAAUUAUUACGAUCAGCAUGUAUUACUUAUUAGAGUAAAAUUACUUUGAAAAGAAAAGAAAAAUGCAGUUAUAUACAAAUUAACAAAAUAGCUACAGAAACACAUUCUUUAUGGAAUUUAGAAUGGCUAAAGAAAUGUACUAUUUCAAUAGAGUUUGAAGUAGCCCAAUAAAUAAUAUAAAAAUUAGCUUUUACUAUAAACCCUCAUCUUAUGCUCAAAUCCUAGCACCACUUUUGACCCAUUUUCUUCCAUGCAAAAUUUUAUAUGUAACAGAAUCAAGAAACGGGAAUUUUUAAUUGAAUAAACCAACCUAUGUAGAGCAAAAUCUUUUUCUGAAACUGUAAGAAUAAAUUUCUAAAGAUGUUUUUCUGA